GUCCAUAUCUGAUGGUACAAUCUUCCCUGGCUUUCCUUCUUUAUCAUUUAGCAAUCCGUCCAUUCCCAUUUUCUCUAUAGAUUUUGCUCUUAUUUGAUUACUUCCCAAACACACCAUUUAUCCCCUUUAUCGUAUACAAAUUCAUCUCCAACACCCCCAAAUUUCAUUCUUCUUUUUUCCCAAUGGAACAUCCAAGAAAUAUGCCAUUAAUCUUAUUUGCAGUGUUUCUGACCAGUUCUGCUGUUAUGCCAGCUACUUCUGCUUGCUCUAAUGGUCAAUGCAAGCUUGGAGAUGAAUGUUCAUCUGAUGCAGACUGCCAAUCCGGGCUGUCUUGCUUAUCUUGUUCCGAAGCAUUCAAAGGCAAGAGAUGUAUCCGAUCAAAAGCUACCGAUCAAUUCGAGAUUACGAAUUCUUUGCCAUUCAACAGAUAUGCUUUUUUGACGACUCAUAAUUCGUUUGCCAACGAAGAAGAGCCGCAUCAUACUGGAAUUCGACUUACCUUCGUAAACCAAGAAGACAGUGUAAUGAAACAGUUAAAUAAUGGAGUUCGAGCAUUGAUGCUUGAUACAUACGAUUUCAAGGGAGACGUAUGGUUGUGCCAUUCUUUUGGGGGAAAGUGCCAUGACUUCACUGCAUUUUGGCUUGCUAUUGACACUCUAAAGCAAGUAGAGGCAUACUUAUCUGCAAAUCCAUCAGAGAUUGUGACACUUUUCCUAGAAGACUAUGUUGAGACCCCAAAUGCGUUAUCAAAACUUUUCCAAGAUGCAGGUUUAAUGAAGUACUGGUUUCCGGUCUCGAGUAUGCCGCGGAAUGGUGAAGAUUGGCCAUUAGUGAAGGAUAUGGUUGCCAAUAACCAAAGACUAGUUGUCUUCACUUCAAAGGAGUCCAAGCAAGAAAGUGAAGGAAUAGCAUAUCAAUGGAACUACGUGGUUGAGAAUCAAUAUGGGGAUGAUGGGGAGCAUCUAGGAGAAUGCAGCAAACGCGGAGAGUCGGCACCUCUUGAUGACAAAACGAAAUCUCUGGUUCUGAUAAACCACUUCCAUUCAAUUCCAAUCAAAGAACUGGUUUGUGAAGACAAUUCAGCAAGACUUUUGAGUAUGCUUGAUACAUGCCAUGGAACAGCAGGCAACAGGUGGGCAAACUUUGUUGCGGUUAACUAUUACAAGAGAAGCGAGGGAGGAGGAGUGUUCCAAGCUGUUGACAAAUUGAAUGGCCAGUUGUUAUGCGGCUGUGAUGAUGUCCAUUUAUGCAAGCCUGGAUCAUCAUCUGCAACAUGUUCUGCAAUUAAGGGCCAGUGAAUUUCGUUUUCAUCUCUUAAUAACUUACAUGGGAAUCCAGA